AUGCACAUAGAAAAGAACAUAGUUGAUAGUAUUCUUGGAACUCUCUUGGAUAUUUCUGGCAAGACAAAAGAUCACACAAAUGCUCGAUAUGACUUGCAAGAAAUGGGCAUUCGAAAGAACCUUCACCCCAAGAAAAAAAAUGGUAGGAAAAAGGUGAAACUGGCAAAGGCAUGCUACUCAAUGACCAACGCUGAAAAGUCAAUUUUUUGUGACCUCUUGAAGACAGCAAAGUUGCCAGAUGGCUCUGCUUCAAAUAUUUCCCGGUGUGUGAACCUUUUGGAGAGAAGAAUAUCUGGUUAUAAGACUCAUGAUGCUCAUUUCAUUCUUCACUAUUUGUUACAAAUUCCUAUCAAAGGAAUACUUCCAGAUCAAGUUGUAGUUCCUUUGAUUCGACUUGGCUCAUUUUUCUGUCAAUUGUGUCAAAAGUCUAUCACAUUACAAGAGAUAGAUCAAUUAGAAGAGGAUAUUGUCACAACAUUAUGCCAAUUAGAGAGGAUCUUUCCUCCUUCUUUCUUCGACAUAAUGAUUCAUUUGCCUAUUCAUUUAGCUAAUGAAGUGAGAUUAGGAGGCCCAGUUCAAUUUCGGUGGAUGUAUCCUCCAGAAAGAUACAUGUGUACUUUGAAGUCCUAUGUUCGAAAUAGAAGUCAUCCUGAAGGAUCUAUUGCAGAGGCAUAUUUGGUUGAAGAAUGUUUGACAUUUUGCUCGCGUUACUUACAUUCUGGUGUCCAAACAAAAUUGAAUAGACAACCCAAAAAUAAUGAUGAACCUAAUAAUUCUAUGAUGGAAACUACAGAUGCAUUUUCGAAUCUAUUUCCAAAAAGAGGCGUUCCUUUGGGUGCAAAGAAAGGUGAACCUUUUCUCCUUGACGACAAGUCUCGAGAGCAACAUGAUGUUCCAAAUUGGAUAAAAGAGCUCUCUAGAGGACCAACCCAAUGUGCAAAAAAAUAUUCUGGUUAUUUUAUCAACGGAUAUAGAUUUCACACUAGGCAACGUGAGGUAAGACGCAAGACACAAAAUAGUGGUGUUACUUUAGUUGCAUUAACGACAAGCUUUGCAAGCAUAAAGGAUGAAAAUCCAAUUCAUGAAAAUGUUUCUUAUUAUGGUAGAGUGAAUGAUAUCAUUGAGUUGGACUACUAUGGAAAUUUUAAGGUUACCUUGUUCAAAUGUGAUUGGUAUGAGGCUAGGGAGGAUGCUUAUGGCUCGACAUAUGUUCAUUUUAACAAAAAGUGCUAUCAGGAAGAGCCUUUUGUAUUGGCAUGUCAAGUGCACCAAUGCGUCUAUGUGCAAGAUGCAUUUGAUAAAAAUAAACAUUAUGUAAUGAAGACUGUUCCAAGGGACCUAUUUAGCAUAAGUGAUCAAGUUGCCAUUGAUGCUGAAGAUACUUAUGAAAAUGAGCCAUUAGAUAAUUCGACGGUUCCUUCUAUACCUAAUGAUGAUGGUGAAGUAGACUUGGUAAGGAAUGAUUUGAAUGAAGUUCUAGUCGAUGUCGCAAAAGAAGUCUAUUUUUCCCAAGAGUAUAACACAGGAUCGGAUGAAGAAUAUAAUUCCGAAGACUUUUGA